GUUUACGGUUGGGAUAAGUGUUGUAAUUCAGGCUGGGAUUAAGGUUAGGGUUAGUGUUAAGUUUACGAUUAGGGUCAGGAGGAUUAAUGUUUCGGGUUUAGAUUAGAUUAGCGGUAGAUUUAGAGGUGAUGUCAUUUAUUUCAAUUUGUUUUAUUAUCCACGUUUCCCUGCUAAGCAGUCGUCUAUCCUCUUGCUGGAAACCAUUAACAAUUCAACUGAGGGAGCUUUUUUGGAAGGCUGCAAGCAGGAUGACGGAGAGAGAGAGAGAGAGAAACGAUUCACCGAAAAAACAGUUUAUCUGUAGUCAUCUCGGUGAAUACACAUGUACAGAAACUAGUCUAACUUAGCAGUUGAUACUCCUCUCUAUAACGGGGACGUAUUUUCAAGUCAUGUGUCAGAGAAAGAUGGUCGAUUCUCAAACAGCUGCUUCGAAAAACUUGAACAGCGUUACGUCACCCUUAAAACUUAAGAUUAAUCAUUGGUUUGCAGUCUCCUCAUGGAAAUGGUGUACAAAUGAUGAUGACUGUGGUAUCUGUCGUAAUGCCUUUGAAACGUGUUGUGCAGACUGUAAACUUCCCGGUGAUGAUUGCCCCCUGGUCUGGGGUCAAUGCAACCACUGUUUUCAUAUGCAUUGUAUUAUAAAAUGGUUAAAUAGCCAACAGAUGGCCCAACAGUGUCCAUUGUGUAGACAAGACUGGCGAUUUCGUGAAUAAAUUUCAGUUGGCUUGUUGUUGUGUUAUAUUUUGUAUAUGUAUAUAUGAUAAUAAUAAUUAUUAUUAUUA